ACCCUCUCGCCCUCUCUUUCCCUGCCAGCAUCGAAAAUAAGGGCGAGUCCGCGUAAGCUAGGAAGCAUUUUUGAUGUGACCACUUCUGCUCUUGCAUGGCCUCCUCGACCGCAUCCGCGCGAGGGGCAUUCCGCAACCUGUCUUUGAAACGUGCUUGACUCACCGAUCUGUUGGCCAGAUCUGGUGGUGGCCAGAUCAGGCCUCGUCUUCUCGCGGUUACAUCUGGAGAACGGCAACCAGGUUUGACGUAUCUAAUUGAUUGACACGUCCACGUCGCAAGAGGAACGCCCUUUUUACGGCUGCUCACCCAGAUCUACGGCUUUGAUUCGGCGUAUUCCGUGCCGGUGUCGACCAGAUUGUAUCAGCUCUCCGUUCCCCAUGGCGGCCACACUGCCGCGACCCCGCGCACCUCUUCGCGCACCUCCGGAAUCCUCCAUUGUUUCUCGCAGCGUCUCUGCCGAUCAUUCCCUCCAAUCCGCCAUCACACGGCCACCCGCCUUUCCCGCCGCCUUCCACGCCGUGAUUCCCGCGACUGCGGUCCAGAAGGGCGCGAAAUCUGUGCAAGGAGGCAGGCAUGAUGCGAUCAGGAGACAUCAAUUCUCCUAUUCUACCUCACCUUCUCGAUCGUUCUGGUCCGUAACGUCUUCGUCGUCAGCUUGGCAGGGUGUUUUACGGCGCAGAAAGUGCUCCCUGAAAGGGGAACUGACUACUUUAACUAAUCUAGAUCCACAAGCCGAUUCGCUAGCCGGGAGGCGCAGUCGGCAUGGACUCGAUCUGCUUACCGAUCGCGGUAUUAGCGGGCCCGUUGUCGCAUUUAGCGGCUUUGGCGCUGGAAGUGCUGAUACUCGGGCGACGACUACAAGCGCCGAUCGCGCGGCGAUCCUUGGUGUCGCAGCGGCUUUCGCGGCGUGGUUCGCGGGGAGUGCUUCCGCCAAUGCGUUCUCGACAGAAAAGACUGCGCAAAUGGAUAAGACAGCGGGACAUCAUCAGCGAGAGACUGGCGAGAAUCGCGGUAAUGGGGGAGGAGGGGGAGGAGGAGGGGGGGGCGGAGGAAGCGGAGGGGGCGGAGGGGGCGGAGGGGAUGGAGGGGGCGAAGGUGGAAGUGGGAGUAAUAAUUCCGCUGACGUGGAAAUGGGAUCCCGUGCAGAUCAUGAUAAAGACGCGCGGCAGGAGGCGGAGGAGAAGGAGGAGGAGAAGGAGAAAGAGACGAAGAGAGAAGCUGGUAAUCCCAUUGCUGGAAGCGCGAAGACAAGUAAUCAAGAAUCGCCGGGGACGAGUAGAAGGGAGAGGGACGGGGGGAAGAGGGGCCGGGAUGUGGAGGGUCGGUUGCGGAAGGGGAAGGGUAGGGGCAGGCGGAACGCGCCCCGAGCGGACGUGUCUUCCGAUUAUUUGGCCGAUUUGUUGCUCGCGUCUCUUACCGCCUCCGCUGCACCUGGCGCGGGGGCGGGCACUCCGCGGAACAGCAGCGGGAGGCGGAGGGUGGAAGACAAGCGCGCGGAGGGCAUGUUUGAUUGGCUGGCGGGGCUGAUGCGCGGAAUGACGGCUGCGCGCAUGGAUCGCAUGGACCGCGCGGAACGGCAGGCGCUGAUGGCGGAGACGGCGGAACUGGUGGUGCAGAUGCUGGAUAAGAGGGCCGCGGAAGACGGGUUUGCGCACCGCUCUGAGGUGAGCGCGCUCCGGCGGCUGCAGCGCGAGGCCUUCCAGGACCUGCUACGAGUUAAGGACCGCCUUCACAAGCUCGAGUACUACACCGGGAUCCGCCGCCUGCACCCUUUCGGCGCCGCCACCGCCUUCCCCGCAUCCUCCUCCGCCUCCGGCGCUGGAGGCGCGGGGCUCGCGGGGUUCGGGGGCAGCGCGGGGGGCGCGGGGGGCGCGGGCGUGGACCUGGGCGGGGGUUUAGGGUUCGGGCUACUGGGGGGGAGCCGCACGCGCAUGUACGGGGAGGUGGCGGCGGGUUCCGCGUUCGUGCCCGCGGAGGGGGAGCGGAGCCACGCUGCGCGCGCGGCUUUGGAGCAGGCGGGGAUGAGGUCGGGUCUCACUGUGAAGCUGAGGCUCGACACGCUCUGUAGGCGCUGGGGCAGCGGUGGUAACGGUGAUAAUGACAAUAGCAGCGGUUCCAAUGGUAACAACAAGAGCAGCGGUGGCGGCAGCAGUGGCAGCAGCAGCAGCGGCGGCGGUGAAUCUAGCAGGGUGGGGCAAGGGCGGGUACGAGAGGAUCUGCUGGUGACAGAGCUGACGUCGGGUUUAGGGGAGGAUAGCAGCAGUUUCAUGCUGGGCGGCCCUGUGAACCUCCACAAGGUGCUCUACAGCGCCGCGCUUGGGGACGGCGUGCAGCUGGCUGUAGCGCCGCUGGGAGCCGUGGGGUCGGAUGUAGCAGAGCCACUCAACCCGCUCAAGGAUCAAGGCCUGACUCGUUUCUCCUCGGGGGGCCUGCCCCUGCAUCGGCGCGCCCGGGGCUCAGCCCUCUCCCUCACCCUGCGCUCCUCCUCCGCUUCCUUCUCCCUCGCGCACUUCCUCUCCGGCUGGGGGGUAACGCCCGACCCAGAUGGCACCUCCCCCGGCCUCUGCAUUUCCUCGCUCGCGCAGCUGUCCCUACAGCCCCAAGAUAACGUCGUUCUGGCUUUCUCGGCUCUUAACCGGGUGUGGCCCGCUCCCCCUCUCCCCGCUUCUAAUGGAUUGCACUGGAGUGAGAUGGGGCCGUUGGUGCUUCCUAGGGUGAAUCCGUUUGGGUGGGGAAGAGGCGGAGGAGGAGGAGGCGGGGGGGAUGGGAGCUCUGAUACGAGUUUUAACAGUGGGGUUGGUGGGGAGGGAGGGGGAGGGGGCAGGGAGUUGGGAGGGGAAGGGCAGGAGCUAUGGCUACCGCCGCAGCAGGAGUCAGGGACAACAGUGCAGUCCGUGGCAGUGGCAGCAGCGGUGCAGCUGGGGGGAUACACCACCCUGGCUGCAUGGGCCCAGGCAGAGAACGGGGAUUGCUUGGACGAGGAAGCUAAGAGGAGGCUGCAGUGGUCGGUGUCGUUGGCUUACCGGCCGUGGAGAGAGGAGGACGUGUUCUCAGGGGGGAUGGAGGGCGAGGAGGGGGCAGGCGCGCUGGGGCUGGUGCAGGGAGAGGCGUUUGUGCGCGUGCUGUGUGCGAGGGGGAUCAUCCUGCAGCCAGGGGUGGUGGCGGCGCACAGCCAGGAGACUGGGCUGCACACCGCCUACAUGAUUAGGAGCUGCUGGGAGCUGGGUGGUGGUGGCACAUAGCCAGGAGACUGGGCCACACGCUGCUUACAUGAUCCGAAGCUGCUGGGAGCUGUGAGGGGGAGGGGGGGAGAAAGAGAGGGACUGGGGAGAGAGAGGGAUACGAGAGUUGAUUUGUUGUUUCCUAGAGGAACAGGCAUCGAUAGCUGACACAUUUCAGCUCUGCACAACGUGGUAACGUGGUGCCAAUUCCUGACAGGCGUUGUGCUUAACGAGUUAGCUGACUUGGUGUUUCCUGUGUUCACGGUCGACUUGACUGCCUGCCAGUGCGGGUCCUGUCUAACCGUACAGCGUACCUGCCCGCCCACUGCUGCUCUUGAACCGUCUCGAAGUCUCAAAAGUGGCCCCGUACCUGCCCACUCGCUCACUCCUUCGUCGCAAGUGUCAGAUGGAGCAAAAGAGCCAGCUUCCUGGUAGGAGUUGCACUGGUCGAUGCAAGGAAACUGCCGCUGCUGGAAUAUAUGUGUGGUGUUGGAGAGGAUGGGAGUGGAGUACUGGGACCUCUCUGGCUGGGCUGGUUGGGGUGGGUGAUUGGACUAGAGGGCACUGGACUAGAGCGUCUUGCUGCUUUCUUGGGCCUCUGGUUUGCGUGUUCCGUCGUGGCUUUGACUGCGUGUUGCGCUUGUGUUGAAUCUGCUGGUUGUUUCGUUCUCUUUCAUGAAGGGUUUGAGGGUUUAGGGAUACCUAUUGAGAGAGCUUUUAGGUGGGAAUCUUGUGGGUUUGUUAAUUGAUUUAGCUUGUUGAU